AAGUCGCACUCGGAUGACGUCGCAGCGAGAGGAGGUGCGGGUUUGCCACGUCGGUCUCUGUGCAACGCAUUUACACUGUUGCUCCUGAAGCCCAGGGCUAACUUUUAAAAGCCCUUUUUAUGUUUUCGACCGGAGUGAAAGCGACCCUCCAGCAUCGCCGGUGCCCUCGUAGCUCGUCGCCACAGCAGAGCAACCCGGUAUAUUGAAGCUGGAAGGCGGAGAAAUGCUCGGUGCUGUCUGGACUCGUCCGGCUGGAAGCCACACAACUGACUGAUGCAUCCUAGUUCAGUUCACCCUCCCGUAUGUUGUCGAUGUUGUUGGCCUGGCUGUAUAUGGUGGCUCAUUGAGGUGAACGAAAGGAGUCCCAGCGGCUGUUGGUUGGUGGGCGGCAUCCGUGGUUGCCACGGUAACUGGCGACCAUGCCAGGAGGUCGCAGGGGUCCCAGCAGACAGCAGCUAAGUCGCUCUGCUCUGCCGUCCCUGCAGACUCUGGUUGGAGGCAACCUCGGCAAUGGUACAGGCCUCAGGAACAGGAGCAGUAACUCGGUGGGUCUGUCUGCCCCCCCUCUCUCGGCCCUGAUUACUCCGGAGCCGGUCCGUCACUCGAGGAUCCCAGAGCUGCCGUUGGACAGCAGUCUGCUGUUUGAGUUCCUGCUUUUUCUCUAUUUGCUGGUGGCCUUGUUUGUCCAGUAUAUUAACAUCUACAGGACGGUCUGGUGGUACCCAUACAGCCACCCUGCUGCCUCUACCUCGCUUAACUUUCAUCUAAUGGACUACCACCUGGCUAUCUUCAUCACAGUCAUGUUGGCCAGGAGGCUUGUUUGGACGAUAGUUUCAGAGGUAUCCCAAAGCAGUGGCGGAUCACUGCUCCGCUAUGUGGUUCUGAUCGCAGCUCGACUCAGCCUGCUGACCAUGUGUGGUUGGGUGCUCUGCUGGACGCUCGUCAACCUCUGCAAGAACCACUCUGUGCUCAACCUCCUCUUCCUAGGAUACCCAUUUGGUGUGUACGUCCCACUGUGCUGUUUCCAUCAGGAGGGAGGGAAAAGCCAAACGUCAUCGGCUGACUGCGAUUACCCGGCCGACCACCAGCAGCCGGCUGAACUCACGGAGACCCCGUUCUUUCGUCCACGUGACUUUCUCUUCCUGUUACGAGAGAACCUCAGAGAGCAGUUUUCCAGCCCCCCGCACAUGCCUAUUCACACCUGCCCACCACACACACACUCACACACACCGGAGUUGAUUCGAGCAGAGGUGGAGGAGUUGAAGAGCGACUUCAACCGGCGAAUCAAGGAAGUGCUGUUCAACUCACUGUUCAGUGCUUAUUACGUCGCCUUCCUGCCUCUCUGCUUUGUCAAGAGCACUCAGUACUAUGACAUGCGCUGGUCAUGUGAGCAUCUGAUCAUGGUAUGGAUCAAUGCGUUUGUCAUGCUGAUGAGUCAGCUGCUGCCCCCCAGCUACUGCGACUUGCUUCAUCGCUCGGCAGCUCACCUGGGCCGCUGGCAGAAACUGGAGCAUGGCUCGUACAGCAAUGCACCUCAGCAUGUGUGGUCAGAAAGUACCAUUUGGCCUCAGGGGGUGUUAGUACGGCACAGUCGAUGUCUAUAUAAGGCAGUCGGACCCUAUAAUGUCGCUCUGCCCUCUGAUGUUUCCCAUGCAAGGUUUUAUUUCCUGUUCCACAAGCCAUUGCGGAUCCUGAACCUUCUCAUCUGGAUCGAGUCCAGUGUGGUUUUGUACCAGUUAUACUCUCUGCUGCGCUCCGAGCGCUGGAACCACACUUUGUCUCUGGGCCUUAUUCUUUGCUGCAACUACUAUGUCCUUUUUAAACUGCUCCGAGACCGCAUUGUGCUGGGCAAAGCCUACUCCUACCCUCUGUCCUCCAACAGUUUAGGGCUCAAGUCGCAGUAAAGGCUCUUCACAGUGAGACCUCACCUACGAACUCUGGACGUGGAGGGGAGAUAGGUGGAGGUCUAGUAAAGACCGGAGGGUUGAUUCGCCCUCAUGCUUGGAGGUUAAGGGACAGACUGUGAAACUCAUAAUCGUGUUUUGAUACGGUUCUAUUUUUAAUGCAAUGUUUAUAUAUACCUAUUUAAAAGAAUAUUUUUAUUUUGUAUACUAUUUCGAGUUACGCCGGGCAUUACCACGCUGACGACAUUAGCAUGUUCUGUUAUGUUGUUGCUAGGCGACAGGCAAGUCAGGGUAUGCCAGGGUGUGACUUUCACCAAAGAUAUUUUAAGUGCAGGUGGCCAAUCAGCAGACUUGGCUUCUGACAGUCAGUUCAAGCAGACGAGCGAUUCAGAGCAGUGGAAGGAGAUGUGCCUGAGAUCCUGAGACCUGAUUGGGCUGUUCUACUUCAACCCUGAGGCUCUAGAACCAGUGAAACUGUUAUGGGUAAUGUUAGCAGGACACAAACACUGUCAUUGCCCUCCGCAUCUUUUAAUAUGUUUUCAUCAGUGAUUUUUAAAGCAAAAGUUUUACAUUUUAGGGAAAUACGCCUAUUCACUUUCUGGUGGGGAGUGAAAUGAGAAGAUACUGUAGAUAUGGAUCAAAUCUGAGGCCACAGCACGUAGACAGUUAGCAGCUUAACAUUAGCACAAAGACUUUGAACAGUGGCCUAGCUCUUUCAAACUCUUAACAAAAUCUGACUGCCAGGACCUCUAAAACUCUCUAAUGAACACUUAUGUCUCUUACACCUCUCUUGGUUAUUUUAAACAAAAAUAAAAGGCAUUUUAUAGGGGGUUAUGUGCCAGACUAUUUCCUGGCUCUGACCAGUUACAAGGCAACCACAGUGGCUGGCCAAGAAAUGGCCUGGCAACCCCGUUCAAGAGCAAAUUGUCAUUUUCACACUUAGAUUUUUGUUCUAAUUAAAAAAAGGUGAUGUAACGUGUUAAUUAGCUUGAGUUAGUUACUGGUAGGCAGAUUUUUGUAACCUUUGGACAGAGCCAGGCUAGCUGUUUCCCCCCACAGACAGACAGCUAACUCUCUGUCUGUGGUAGCUUUAUAUUUAAUGGGCAAAUGUGAGAGUGGUAUAGAUUUUCCCAUCUAACUCACCGCCAGAAAGCAAAGAAGUGCAUUUCCCAAAGAGUCGAACUUUUGUUUUAAGCUAAGCCUCGGUGUUAAUAUUUACCACGAAGUGGAAUAAAACUUUUCUACAAACUGACUUGACAUUAGGCUGUAGAAAAAAAAAAAAACCCUCGGGUCCUCUUAUCCAAUGCCUCUGCAGAGAAUGCUGUAUUCUUCCUCAUUCACUUUGUUACUGUGUUUUUAACUAUCAAUAUCUGCUUGUUUCUCAUCAUUGGCUAUCUGGAGGGCAGUAACAACAACAGGCUGUACAAACGUACACCAGGCUGUCAACAAGUGAUAAGGUGUAUUGGGAUACUAUUCGCAUCCUUAAACUCAAAUCAUAAAAUGUAAAAAAAAACAGUUUGACCCCUGGGUGGUGUUUUCUUGUUGUACAGCCCUGCCUGGCCUAGUUUCGGUUACUAAAAAGGUGCAAAGUUUGAGGGGCUGCUUCUGUAACCGGGUGAUAAUUGAAGUCAAAACUCCGACUGAUGUUGGACCACACUUUGACAUGCUGAAAUCUUCUUGCUAUGAUAUGGUGUACGACUCGAUUGUGUUCUUAAAGAUCACCCAGUCACUGUAUUUUAUUCAGUUUUGGUGCCUGAAUGCUUAAACCUUGCUGGGAUUCAGGUCUAUCUCUUUGUGGAUUGGAUGUAGAUAACGAAACGAAUGUGGCUUAUAAUAAAGAAUUCUGUUGGUACGUCCCAGGACCUGA